AUGGAUNGUUUCAGUCACAAUUCCAGCCUGGUGAUACACCAGAGGACUCACACAGGAGAGAAACCCUUUGUGUGUCCUGAUUGUGGGAAAAGAUUCAGUCAGAAUUCUAGUCUGGUUAAACACCAGAGGACUCACACAGGAGAGAAACUGUAUGAGUGUCCAGACUGUGGGAAAGAUUUCAGUACUAGGUUUAACCUUCUAAACCAUGUGCUUAUACACACAGGGGAGAAACCAUUUAAGUGCCUCAAGUGUGGACGGUCCUUUAGGCAACAUUCCACUCUUAUCGCACACAAGAAAAUCCACCUGUGGCCCAAAGUGAUGUGUUCCUGUUGUGGGAAAUAUACAACUUGCAAAUCACAGCUGAUCAAUCCUGAGAGGAUCCAGACUAGAAAGAAGCCGUAUAAAUGCUCUGAAUGUGGCCAAACCAUUGGUCAGAAUAACUCCAUUGUGGUCCAUGGAAGAAUACACACAGGAGAGAAAGCCUUUCAAUGUACUGAUUGUGGGAAAAGUUUCAGCAACAGUUCCCACCUCAUUAGCCACAAGAGGAUUCACACAGGAGAGAAACCCUUUGAAUGUCCUGAUUGUGGGAAAAGUUUCAGUCAGAAUUCCAGUCUGGUGAUACACCAGAGAAUUCACACAGGAGAGAAAGCCUUUCAAUGUACUGAUUGUGGGAAAAGUUUCAGUCAGAAUUCCAGUCUGGUGAUACACCAGAGAAUUCACACAGGAGAGAAAGCCUUUCAAUGUACUGAUUGUGGGAAAAGUUUCAGCAACAGUUCCCACCUUAUUAGCCACAAGAGGAUUCACACAGGAGAGAAACCCUUUGAAUGUCCUUAUUGUGGGAAAAGUUUCAGUCGGAAGUCCAAUCUGGUGAUACACCAGAGGACUCACACUGGAGAAAAACCCUUUGAAUGUCCUGACUGCGGAAAAAGUUUCUGUCAAAGUUCCCACCUUAUUAGCCACAAGAGGAUUCACACAGGAGAGAAACCCUUUGAAUGUCCUGAUUGUGGGAAAAGUUUCAGUGAGAUGUCCAAUCUCAUUAGCCACCAGACGGUUCACACAGGAGAGAAACCCUUUGAAUGUUCUGAUUGUGGAAAAUGUUUCUCUCAUAGUUCCCAGCUCGUGAUACAUCAGAGGACUCACACAGGAGAGAAACCUUUUCAAUGUCUUGAUUGUGGGAAAAGUUUCAGUAAGAAUUCCCACCUCAUUAGCCACCAGAGGAUUCACACAGGAGAGAAACCCUUUGAAUGUUCUGAUUGUGGAAAACGUUUCUCUCAUAGUUCCCAGCUUGUGAUACACCAGAGGAGUCAUAAAGGAGAGAAACCCUUUGAAUGUCCUGAUUGUGAGAAAAGUUUCAGUAAGAGUUCCCACCUUAUUAGCCACAAGAGGAUUCACACAGGAGAGAAACUUUUUCAAUGUCCUGAUUGUGGGAAAAGUUUCAGUGAGAAUUCCCACCUCAUUAGCCACAAGAGGAUUCACACAGGAGAGAAACCCUUUGAAUGUUCUCUUUGUGGAAAACGUUUCUCUCAGCGUUCCCAAGUCAUGAUACACCAGAGGACUCACACUGGAGAGAAACCCUUUAAAUGUCCUUAUUGUGGGAGAUGUUUCAGUCACAAUUCUAGCCUGGUGGUACACCAGAGGAGUCACACAGGAGAGAAACCCUUUGAGUGUCCCGAUUGUGAGAAAAGUUUCAAUCAGAAUUCUAGUCUGGUUAAACACCGGAGGACUCACACAGGAGAGAAACUGUAUGAGUGUCCAGACUGUGGGAAAGAUUUCAGCUCUAGGUGUAACCUUAUAAAUCAUAUGCAUAUACACACAGGGGAGAAACCAUUUAAGUGCCCCGAGUGUGGACGGUGGUUCAGGCAAAAUUCCACCCUUAUUGCACACAAGAAAAUCCACUUGAGGACCAAAGCGAUUAGUGUAGAAAAGACUUGAAUUUCAUUUCUAAUGUCCAUUGUAAGUCUAGCUGAGAAACUGACUACUGUGUUUUCCGAAAAUAGGACAUGUCUUGAUACUAAGCCCAAUUGGGCUUUUCAGGACAUCGGCUAAAAUACCCACCUAACCCUAACUCGAAAAUAACCCCCCACAAAUCUAAAAUGACCCUGACAUGUACCCGACCUUGUCCGGGGAAAGCUAUAGUGGUUUCAAUUGCCCCCGUGGUGGCCCUCUGAAGUUGGGUCAGGCCCAGCCGAUUCACAAUUUCUUCGGCAGCCCACCAUCUGGCCUGGGCACAUACCGGUCUUGUACUUCGGCAGUGGCUUCGGGCCCAAACCUAGCAGCUCUUGCCUCCUUGGCUAUUUGGGAAGCUAGUCCCCUCCCCCACGGCUCUCCUGGCCAGGCAGAAUUCCUGCUUGCUGGCGCCCUGUUUCGAUUUGUGGAGUGGUGGUGGCAAAGGCAUGCACAGGGUGGCUUCCUUGGAGAGCCACCUGUCACCCUCCCCUUUCCUGGCUGCUGGGGGACUUCACGCUGCAAGCAUUUUCCACUGCCACCGGGCUCAGAUGUCCAGGCAGCUCUCCAGCAGUGCCAGAACUCACCACUGAGGAUGAAGCAGAUGGUGGCCACCCGUGGCCAAUCUCCGCACCUCCAUCCUCCUGGCUUGGAGCAAGUCAGGCACCACCAACACACUCAUACUGCCAGCAGCCACGGCAAUCACCAGUCCCCACACUAGCACCCAGGUGAAGCUGCUUUUGGGGCACAGGAAGGUGCUUG